AUGCCUCUACUUAUGGUUGGUAGUGUACGCAAUCCCAUUGCGGCACGAAGGAUCCUGUCUUCAGCACCUCGAUUCCACACGGUAUCAAGGAUGGUACCAAGAUCAUCUCUGCUCUCAAAGUUGCGUCCAUCAUCAUCCUCCAUCCUUGGCGCUUCCCAACAGCUCCAUUCCGUGGGCCUACGCACAUUCACCGCCACCCCUGAUAGCAAGCAACCUACAUCUCCCAACGCUGCAUCAUCGGCGUGCAGCACCGAAGCACAGGGCAAGGCCCUCGCGACAUACACCGGCCCGCUAGCCUCGACCUUCACCCGACUCAAACUUUUCUCCCUGGGCUCACUGGGUCUAGCCACAGUUCUGACUCCCAUCCUCCUUCUUGCACCAGGCGAAAUCUCUCUUGCUGGUAGGGUAGGGCUGUGCAUUACAGCGCUAGCUACAUCGGGAGUUAGUACUGCUCUGAUUGCUUGGAUUGGAACUCCUUAUGUUGGGACCAUGCGUCUUUUACAACCUUCCGGCACCCGCUCUCUGGGGGAAAUGAGGAAGGAGGAGGAGGAGAAAGUGGUUAUGGAGUUAAAUACAGUCAGUUGGAGACUCAAACGGCAAAAAACUCUAGUAUACGAGCCGCACUUUCUCCGCCCCACGAGUAGACCUUUUGCUUCUUGGGAGAUCACAAAUUCGCCACCUCCCCUAGCUCUAUCGCAAGCCGAGGGGAAAGAGGUGGUGAAGAAAGUCGCGGAAACGUUCGAUUGGAAAACAGGUGCUAGUUUGGGCGUGUGGAGUGUAAAAUACACUCCCCAAGCACAACAGAAAGGCCAAGGGGAGGCGGAGCCUUACAAGAUGGUUGCCAAGACAGAGGUUGCAGGCAAACCUAACCGAUACUUUAAUGUUCAUGAGGAGCUCUUGGGUCAAGAUUGGCAAGUGCUUGGCUAA